AUGCAGGAAUUGUGUGACGGAAGAAUAACAACCAUUGAAGAUGCAACUGCCAAGUUACAACAGACUAUUCAGAAAUGGCAAAGCUUCUCUGAUAUGGAUAUUGAAUCAGAAAGUGAAAGUGAUAGAAAAUCAGACAGUGGUGGUGACAUUAUAGGGCAUAUUGAUCCAGCCGAUGCAAUAUGUAUUACAGAUGCUACAAGUACAGAACAAGCAGACACAAGUGAUUUUAUUGGAAACAACACCUUAGACCUUGGUAGAGAAGGAAGAGGUUCCCUAAUACAACAAGAGUCAUGCUCUGCUAACAUACAGCCACAAAGUGAAGCAAACAGACCUAACCCGUUGGGGGAGGGGAAUGAACACGUUGACGCAAACCCAAGCUUUAGCCCAGGACUGGUUCAGCACUACAGGGAUCAGGAGGGAUUACACAAUAAUACUGUCCCAAAAAGAUUGAAUGGAGAAGAUGCAAGAGAAGAAACGACCCCAAAAGGUGUCGCUAGUGCAGCAGUUGGAGGAAACGACCCAACAGGAGACGAGGGGUUACAUGAUGAUACAAUCCCAAAGAAUUUAAACGAAGAAACUCCAAGUGAAGAAAAUACCCCCACAGCUGCAGCUAGUACUGUAGGCGAAACACCUGAAAAUGAGCCUCCUGGUGAUGAUGCUGGCAGUGAUACAGGACUUAAGCUGACUCAAAAUGUACCACAAACACCGCAAAUCCCUGAAAACUGCUGUGCAGAAUGUACUGCCAGACAGGAAGCAGAAAGAAGAAAUGGAGAAUGCUAUUGUAAUGGAAUGCAACAACUAUCCACUAACACUAAACGUGACUUCAAGAAGUACAUUGAAGAUGGUAACAAGAAGUUGGAGAAUCGGAACCGGAAGGCCCUUAGGGGAAAUCUUUGUUAUUUGAUAUGUUAUCUGCAACCCGUUAUUGAUGAUGUGGCACUUUAUAUGUUCAGCCACUUGGUUCUGUCUGAUCGCCAGAGAGAAAAGAUUGCAAGUAAAACCACUGAGACGGAAAAAUGUGAGCAUUUAGUGACAAAAGUUCUGUUACACUCCAGCGAGAAAGCAUUCUGGGUCUUUAUGCAGGCAUUAGAAGACAACAACUGCGAGUUCAUUGUUGACCAGCUACUUGGAAAAGCCAAUGUUACUGGACAUAUUAGAGCUACAGUUGAUAUUCUGGAAGAAAGGAGAACAUCAGAAGAUGAUCAGCGUUGUCUUCAAGUAGUAUUGCGCGCUAUUGAUGAAUACAUAUCUAACAACCCCGACAUAAGCAGACCGAUGACAGAUGCCAUACGAAACGCCUUGGAGGAACAGAACUUGAUCGUCACCGAUUUAUCCAGAGGAUCCAUUUUGAUGAAUUUGACGUUUUACACCGUUGAACAAUUAGAUGCAUUCUGGAUGUGGGUUAAAAGUUGGCAACCUUCACCUUUGUCAAUGUCCUUGACCGAGGUCAUUUUGACUGAGGAAAUCCGAAAUAUGGUUCAGGAAGAUCUUAUUUUAUCAUUAAGUACAGACAUGGAUCUAGAAGAGUAUUUGAAGAAGAGACGUAGAUUACUUCAUGGUGACCUGCCAAUGACGUCAGAUGAUUCAAACUUUGGAAAACGCCCACUGAAAGAGUGUAACCAAAGCUUGUUGUGGCUAGACAUUGCCGGCCAACCGAAAAUGGAAGCCAACCCGAAGGUUCUUCUGGAGUGGGCGUAUGAAAGUGGAUAUAACGAUCCCCUUCCUCUGCUCACCGAGAAGUUUCCACAGACUUUUACUGGCUACAAUGAGAAAGAUUUCAGAAUAGAAAGACUUCACAAACUUAUAAUAUAUCAAAAUGGUAGAAUAUCUCAGAUGAAUGAGAAAUGUGAGGAGCUGGAAAACAAUUUAUUGCAAACAGCAACUGAUUUAAAAAAAGCACAGGACACUUUGGAAGAAAAGAAUCAAUUUAUAAAAAUUCUGACAGACAAAUUACGACAGAUAACGAUGAGUGAAAGUAAUGGAGAGCUCUUGAAAUGGCAAUAUCCAAGUAAUGCACAAACUAACAUAAACAGUAUUGUGGGUAUUGGGACACAGUCCAUAGAGACUCAUCCAAAACCAGCAGUACCUGUGCCCAAAAGUGAAGGCAGCGUUGUUCAAGUUCGCACUCAAAAGACUAACAGUGAUGAUUUAAAGCAGCCAAAUGAUAGUGGCUUGCAAGCAAGUGGAGGACAUGCAGAAGAACAUUUUGAUAAUGGUGAUUUCCCUGAAGAGCGCAUGUACGGAGAGCGGGUUUGUGGUUUGAGUACAGUGAUUUGUGUGGAUACUUCUGGGAGCAUGGAAGGAGAAGCUUUCACUGACAUGAAAAGUGCAAUACACAAGAUUCUUGAUGAUGCAGAGUACACAAACAAUGUGUAUGAUUUCAAGGAGUUAAUCGGCCUGGUAGAGUGCGGGUCAGGGUCAGAUGGUCGGACUGUUGUGAGUUUAACGGACAACUAUGACCGGAUACGACGGGCACUAGAACAUUUUGGCUUUUUCAAGGUGUGA